AUGUAUCUCCUGAACUUUGUAUACACAGAGACUAGAGGUGCACAUAAUUACUGGUUGAAUAAGGAGACAGUCGAUGCUCGUCCUGAUCAUAUCCUAAAUCUCAUCCACUACGAGGAUGCAGCUUCACUAGCAGUUGCAAUCAUGAAGAAGAAAGCUGGUGGUCGGAUUUUCUUGGCCUGUGACAACAGUCCUUUGUCAAGGCAAGAGGUGAUGGACCUGAUGGCUCAAAGUGGAAAAUACGAUAAGAAGUUCAAAGGUUUCACAAGCACCAGUGGUCCUUUAGGGAAGAAGCUGAACAACUCAAGGACAAGAGCUGAGAUAGGAUGGGAGCCUAAGUAUCCAAGCUUUGCUCAAUUUCUUGGAGUAUCCAAGUAA